AUGGCACGAGUCGUAAGGAAGCAUGUGCGUUUGCUGCCAUGCGAUUCCGAGCGGCUUUUUCCUGGACAACUGCUAAACGGCGAGGUAAUUUCGGCUUAUCUUCGACUUCUAGAGAGGCGGAAUGCUAUGGAUUACAACCUGCCCAAUGUCCUCGCACUAGAUUCUUACUUCUUCACGGUGCUGAAGAGAUCCGGCCACGAGCGAGCGCGGGAUCACCAUCGCGACCAGGACUUGUUGGAUUAUGAAAUAAUCCUCGUCCCCGUACAUGAGGAGUUGGUGGACGUCGGCCACUGGUGGUUUCUCGUAGUAGAGCCACGGAAGGCAACCAUUAGCGCCUAUGACUCCCUAAAAGGAAGAAACCACACGCCAGCGAUGGAUCUUCUGCGCGACUACGUGAAGAAGGAGGAGAUAAGGGCCAAGACCGAGGCCCGGAGUUGGUGCCUCUACGGUGAACGGAGUUGUCCUGCACAGGACAACCUUGUGGAUUGCGGGGUUUUCCUCUGCGCGAUUGACGGAGCCAUCUGCGGGGGACAGGAGGCAAAAGAAUUGCAAGUAGAUGGCCGAGAAUUCCGACGGCAGAUGGCGAAAGAACUUCGGGAGGAUUCGGUUACCGAAAUCAAGAGUAGCCAGCCGGAGUUGUUUCCGGGGGAGGAACCCGGAUUGGUGCUUCGACGAUUUGGCCGAGGAAUUAGAUCAGCUUACAGACCCAACGAAGUGGUCACUUAG